AUGGCGCCGACGCGAUCGCGAGGGCGACACGCGGGGGGGACGGGGGCGACGGGGACGUUUGCGGAGGCGGGACUGGCGGACGCGGCGUUGAUGGAAGCGCUGCGAGCGAUGGAGAUCACGGAACCGACGGAGAUUCAGUACAAGGCGAUUGGAGUGAUUGGAAGUGAGGGUGGGAACGCGUUCAUCGCGUCGCACACCGGGAGUGGGAAGACGCUCGCGUAUUUGCUGCCGGUGAUACAACGCAUGAAGGCGGCGGAGGCGGAAGCCGGGGAGCGCUUGGCCAAGCCGAAACGGCCGAAGGUGGUGGUGACGUGCCCGACGAGAGAGCUCGCGGAGCAAGUCGCGGAGGUGGCGAAGGCGCUGAGUCACGUCGCGAAGUUCAGCUCGUGCCUCGUCGUGGGUGGGAAACGCUUGUCGACACAAAAGGAACGCCUGGAUUCGCCGGUGGACGUCGUCAUCGGGACCCCGGGACGGUUGAUUAAGCACGUGGAGCAGGGAAAUUUAUUCUUAGGGAGCGUGGAUGCGAUGGUACUCGACGAGGCUGACACGCUCUUCGAGGCGGGUUUCGGUGACGAGGUGAAGCGGCUUCUGCGUCCGCUCAAGGCACGGCCAGAGGGUAAAACGUGCGUGCUCGUCUCCGCGACGAUGCCCGAUCGGCUGCGAAAGCUCGUGGACGAGGAGUUGCCCAACCUGAAGUACAUCAAGACGGAUUCGUUGCAUCGCUCGGCACCCGGAUUGAAGCACCGAUUCAUCGACUGCCCGGGCGACGUGGACAAGAUGACGGUGCUCGAGCAAAUCGUCGUUCCGGAGCACCGACAGGGUAAGAGACUGAUGAUUUUUUGCAACACACUCCCGUCGUGCAUCGCCGCCGAGCGCACAAUGAGCGAGGCAGACAUUCGCACCGUGCAGUACCACGGCGAUAUGACGAGCGACGCACGAGCGGAUUCCUUGCGAGACUUCAUCGAGUCGGACGCCCAGAAUAACCUCACCAUGGUCUGCACGGACCUCGCCGCUCGAGGCCUGGACUUCGGCCGAAUGAAGGUCGAUCACGUCAUCAACUUCGAUUUUCCGAUGAACGCCCUGGACUACAUUCACAGAUCCGGACGCACGGCGCGCGCUGGCGCCGGUGGUAAGGUCACCAACCUGGUUGCGAAAAAAGACCGCGUCCUCGCCGGCGAGAUCGACUCUGCGGUCAAGCUCGGUCUCCCGAUCGACAACGCCACGAGCUCCAGGGCUGUCUCGGAGGCUCGUCGCAAGAAGGCAAUCACUGACGCUCGAGAACGCCGAACCGGCGGGCGCUCUCGAACCGCUCCGGCAAAAGCGUCUGACCGCGCGCCGUCGUCCAACCGCGGGAGACGCGGCGCAGCGAGGUUCGAACAAUCGAGCAAACCGUCGGGGACGAAACCGCGACGGAGCUAA